AUGACCGAAGAGAAUUAUCGUCCACGAUCGCCCGACUUCUCCUCUCCCUCUCACUCCGACGCCAUCUCCAACCUCAACUCCAACUUCACUUUUAACCCCACUCCCUCCUACGCGCCGCAGAGUCCCGUCCACCAGCGCGCCUCCUACGACGCCUCCCCCUUCUUCUCUUCUUCUUAUCAACGCCCCACUUCGAGUCGCGUUCCCCAACAGUACGUGCCUCCUUUCCACGACUUCGACGAGAUGGCCCGUCGCUCAUCGCGUUUGCAGUCCGCGGACGCGCCCGUCCCCGCUGCUCCCGAAAUAAUGCCCGCCGUCGCGCCGUUGCAAGAGGAGCCUCUCCAAACUCGCCCCGGGGCUGGCAUCGAGGUGAAGACCAAGUUCCCCGUCGCGCGUAUCAAGCGCAUCAUGCAAGCCGAUGAGGAUGUUGGCAAGGUGGCCCAAGUCACUCCCAUUGCUGUCUCCAAAGCACUAGAGCUCUUCAUGAUCUCCCUCGUCACCAAAGCUGCCCAAGAAGCCAAGGAGCGCAACUCGAAGCGCGUCACCGCCACCCAUCUCAAACACGCGGUCGCCAAGGACGAAGUACUCGAUUUCUUGGCCGAUAUUAUCGCCAAGGUUCCCGAUGCUCCUGCCGGCCGGAAACAUGAAGAUGAUGGCAGUGAUCAAAAUGAGGGUCGUCGGAAGCGAGGUGGACGGCGACCCAAGGAGGAGAGUGAUUGA